GGUUGUUCGUAGCUACGUUUGGGUGCUGCCGUGAAGCGGUUGGUCUGUAGGCCUUGGUGAUCCGCUUCGUGGUAGUGUGCCCUCAAUUACAAUGUCCGAUUCUGACAGCGAGACUUCGGUCAGCUACAACACGAUGUACACCGAACUAAAAGCGCGACUAGUCGCACUUAAGGAAAAUAAAGAUGACAAGGCUGCGCAGGAGCGUCGAACCGCUGACCCGGGCGUAAUUUUGAACAAGCAGCAGCUGGCUGCCAUGGACCAGCUGAACGCCGUGAAGCUGCAGCUGACAACCAUUAAGAAGCUUAUGGACACGAAGCCUGACGUGCAGGCGGUCGACGGUCCACCGGUGAAGCGGGCCCGUGUCGCCCUUGAGGAUUUCAAAUGUGACUUCGGCGCCAGCGAGGGCAAAGCGAACAAGUCUCUCAGCGGACAGCGCGCGCAUAUCGAGAAAUGCUACAAUGCGGUAAUGGACAUUGAGGACGCGUGGCGCAACGUCCUCGCGGCUCGGCCCGGCGAGGAACGCUUCAGGAACAUCGAGGCCAUGGAGACUGCCAUCACCGACGGCAAGGCCGUGUUCCGGGGGGUCGCGAAGGAGCUGGUCGUUGCAUACAACCACGGCUGGGAGGUCGUGCAUGAGAUGCGUGGCAUGGCGUACGCGGAGACGGAGGAGGAGCGCAAGGCGCUGAAGCAGGCCGUGAAGGCGGUGGCGGGCAAGAAGCCCAAGCAGGCCAAACCCGCGAGCGUGCCGGCCGGCUCUGGUGCGGGGGCCGGGGUGAAGCAGGCAGCGGCGGCGGGUGUCUGUUUCAAGUGCAUUAAGCCUGGGCACUUCGCCAAAGAGUGCAAGGAGAAGUAACGGGGUGUAGUGUGGUGCGGGU